GUUUUCAUCAUACUGGAGAGUCUCAGGGGAUUCCCUCUUUUCCCGAGUGUACAAGAAGAAUCUGGUUUGGAUCUCGCUAGGAUGCUGUGGCGGCCGUUUUAGCGUCAAACGGGGUGGUGGAUCAGCGAAACAACCAACGAGCACCAGGUGCACAAAUAAUCUGGAAACCAUUGGAGGCUUUGAUAAACUCGAGAUUGGACACAAAUGAUUCUUGCGUUGAUUGUAUCGAAGUAUCUUUGCAAUGAUUAGCAUGUAGUCAACACCUGUGCUGGUUGAUAUUUUUAACUAAUCAGCUAGGUAUGUAAUCCAGACAGACCUAGAUAAGGGAUAUAUUAUAUACACCUGGCAAUAUGAGAUUGGUCUUGUCCUGUUGAGGAAGUAUUGUUGUGCAACAAUGUUAAGGCCACUCUUCGUUCUGGGCUGUGUUGUGCCAGUGAUACUUGGUAUACCAUUGUCAGAGGAUGAAUAUGAAGUCAAUAAAACCAACUUUGUGUUUGAGGAUCUGGAUCAUCUUCUUGCUUAUGUGCAAACUCCUACAGAGCGAGUGCGAAAUUUGGGAUACGUAGCUGAAAUUCAUCAAGUAGUCACUGAGGAUGGAUACAUCUUGCAGAUGGACAGAAUUGUAGGAUCAAAGAGUAGUCACGCAUCUGACAAAAAAAACCCUGUGCUCCUAAUUCAUGGACUUUUGGACACCAGUGCUGCCUGGGUGCUGCCAUGCCCUGAAAAAGGUUUAGGCUAUAUAUUAGCCGACCAGGGAUAUGAUGUAUGGAUGGGAAAUGUGCGUGGUUCUAGAUUUUCAAGAAGACACGUGACAUUGUCUACCAAAGACAAAGACUACUGGAUGUUCAGUUGGCAUGAGAUGGGAAUGUUUGAUAUCCCAGCAAUGAUUGACUAUAUCUUGACAAACACUAGAAAAGAGAAGCUCUACUAUGUUGGUCAUAGUCAAGGAAGCACCUCCUUCUUCGUGAUGGCAAGUGAAAAACCGGAAUAUCAAGAGAAAAUCAUAGCAGCAUUUACUUUGGCACCAGCAGUCUUCAUGUCCAGAGCGACCCACCCUCUCAUCCGCUUGUUAACUCCACACAUUAACAAUGCAAAAAUACUGACAGACCUGAUAGGUAUGUAUGAGUUCAAGCCGUCAAGCUCCUUAGUGAGAACACUGAGUAAAAUUAUGUGCAAAGAUGAAAUGCCCACUCAACCAUUGUGCAAAACUGCAUUUGGCAUCAUGGGUGGACGUAACGAUAAGGACUUCAACAUUACUCUAAUACCUGAGAUUGCGCAAUAUGAUCCUGCUGGAGCAUCUACAAGACAGUUUGUACACUAUGCACAAUUGUGCACCUCUGGAAAUUUCGCACACUAUGAUCAUGGCCUUGUAGGUAAUUUGUUGAAUUAUGGCAGUAUACAACCUCCUAAGUAUAACAUUGCCAAUAUUAAGACACCUAUUUAUUUGUACUAUGGUAACAAUGAUGAAAUGGUCAAUGUAAAGGAUUUAGAGCAGUUAUACGAGACGCUACCAAAUGCUCAGAAAUUUUUGGUUCCGUACAAAUGGUUUGCACAUCUCGACUUUCUUUGGGGUAUGCAAGCCAAAAAUUUGGUAUACGACGGAAUACUUAAUCUUAUGGCGCAAUAUAAGAUUUAAAGAAUAAGAUUUUAAAAAAGUGUAAUAAAUGUGAUACAAUGUGAUAUAAUGUACGAUUACAACUUGAUCUCUAAGAAAGUAUAUCAACUGUAAUAUUGUAUGGAACAGA